UGUAUGGUGAGGUAGUGCUGGGCGCCAUCUUGGUUGUGGGCAGUGGUGUCGGGGACUUUGCCCGUUGCCCCGAUCACCGCCUCCCUCUUCGGUGCUGUCGGCGCGACAUGCUGAGUGCGGUGCUCCGGUUCCCACUGCACCGCUUAUGCCCAGGCCCCUGGAGCCACCUGGGCAGCCACCAAGCCAUGGCGGCGUCCCUGGGACCGAAGCCACUGGUGGCCGUGGGCCAGGUGACCUCCACUCCUGACAAGGAGCAGAACUUCUCUAGCUGUGCAGCGCUGGUGCGGGCGGCAGCACGGCAGGGUGCGUGCCUCGUCUUCCUCCCCGAAGGCUUCGACUACAUUGGCCGCGACUCUGCGCAAACGCUCAGCCUGGCUGAGAGCCUGGACGGUGAGCUGAUGGCACGCUACUCCACGCUGGCCAGGGACUGUGGUGUGUGGCUGUCCCUGGGUGGUUUCCACGAGCGCAGUGCAGACUGGCCAAGCACGCAGCGCAUCUACAACUGCCAUGUGCUGCUGGACCAAACAGGCCGUUUGGCAGCAGCCUACAGGAAGACCCACCUGUGUGACGUGGAGCUGGAGGGCCGGGUCACCAUGAAAGAGAGCAGCUUCACCAACCCAGGCACCGAAAUCGUGCCUCCCAUCAGCACUCCAGCGGGAAUGCUUGGACUCUCCAUCUGCUAUGACCUGCGUUUCCCUGAAAUCUCACUGGCGCUGCGGCACGCCGGUGCUGAGAUUCUCACCUACCCCUCUGCCUUCACCUUCCCCACAGGUUCCGCACACUGGGAGGUGCUGCUGCGAGCACGUGCCAUCGAGACCCAGUGCUAUGUGGUGGCAGCAGCGCAGACAGGUCGGAACCACGAGGGCCGCGUGUCCUACGGCCACACGCUGGUGGCAGACCCCUGGGGGACGGUGGUGGCACAGUGCAGCGAGGGACCGGGGCUCUGUUAUGCUGAGAUUGACCUUGAGUACCUGCGCCGCGUGCGCCGCGAGAUCCCGGUGCAGAGUCACCGCCGUGCUGAUCUCUAUGGGACUGUGGGGCUGCAGGCAGCACUCUCAGCCCCAUAGCAACCCACAGCUGGGCUGGAUCCUAUGUUUGUCUUGCAAAAUAUGGGUGGGGACACGCACCUGGGGCACCUGGGGCACCUGGGGCUCUGUGGCGUUCCGGUGCUGGGGGUGUGACUGGAGAGACAAAGGAAAGAGCCGUGCACUGCUGUAGAUGUUUAUUUCAAGAAAACCGAAAGCUACACAGGGAAUAUGACCGUUAUAUUGAAGUUUUUAAAAAAUACAGAAGUCACAGAAAUUACA